UGUCGUGAUGAAUCGCAUAGGUGGCCGCUUGUCGAGGCUGCCUUGCACAAGCCUAAGGGCUACAAGACGACUCUCUACUACGCCGACGCUUCGACUACCCAACAAUGGCCUCAAGACGCAAAAGGUCACGGAUGGAGAAGUCGCUCGACUGGCGGGCAGGCCCUUGCAUCCCUUGACUCUGGCAGAUCUAGCCAAAGUCGACAUGAUCUAACAAGCCGUAGGUUCGGACGACCACCUCUCACGGCCAACCAACUGCUCGACUCGGCCAACUUCACCCUCUCCAUUCUACCCUCGCGCCUCGCCCACCGCAUCCAGUCUCUCCGCAACUUGCCCUUCAUCGUCGUCUCGAACCCGAAUGUCUCCAAGAUCCACAACAACUAUGUCCACUCCUUGUCAACCCUGUUGCCUUAUGCCUCGAGGGAGAUCAAGACGCUGGAAGACGAGAUUCAAUUCACAAGCGUCAUGGCCGAUCUGGUCCAGACCCACUCCAAUACCAUCUCGAUUCUCGCCCGGGGCUUUCUUGAAGCGAGAAAGUAUAUCAGCCCGAACGAGGUCACAAAGUUCCUUGACGAACAUUUGCGAGCCAGGAUAGGCACAAGACUCAUCGCCGAGCAACACAUCGCUCUGCACUUCUCCUCGAAACCCCAUCUCGAACUCUCUGAGCAAAAGACCCACAUUGACUCAUCAUACAUUGGAGUUAUCGAUACAAAACUGAGGCCCGUCGACAUCAUCAGACAUUGCGAGGGUCUUGUCGGUGACAUUUGCGAGUACAAGUAUGGUGUUCGCCCGAGCGUCGUCAUCCGUGGCGAGCCAGAAACCACUCUGGCACAUAUUCCCAUGCAUCUCGAGUACAUCAUCACCGAGCUCUUGAAGAACGCUUUCCGAGCAACCAUUGAAAAAGAGAACGAGCGACACCCAAUCGAAGUCACAAUCGCUCCCGCACCAGAGGAGAUCAAGGGCAAACCCAACGGCAUCACCAACUACGACCAAGGCAGUGUCGACGCUGCAUCAGGCGCACAGCGACCUGCAAAUGCCGCAUCAGCAAACAUCCGUCCACUAGACAAAUCCACUCCAGGCGUCACGAUCCGCAUCCGAGACCGAGGAGGCGGUAUCCCUCCUGCUGCUUAUGCAAAACUGUGGGAGUUUGGCUUUACCACUUUCAACGAGCAAGAAAUCGUUGACAUCACGAGUGGAGGCACCAACGACGGCGAUGGCUUGAACGCUCUCUCAAAUGCUGGAGGUAAUGAAAACAGCCUGGCAGGCUUGGGCUAUGGUUUGAAGCUGGGUAGAGCAUACGCCGAGUACUUUGGUGGUGGUAUCAGAGUACAGAGCUUACUCGGCUGGGGUACAGAUGUCUAUCUCAGCUUGCGCGGCGUGGGAAACAUUGAC